AUGUCUGUGAUUGAUAAAGAUUCAAUUAAAAAAAAGUUAGAUAGUGGUGAAUUUAAGUCUUGUGAUAAACCAACAAGUGCUAGUGCUGGAUGGUGGCAGUCAUUCAAACGUAUUCAAGAUGAAAAAGAAAAUAUUAUUCCUUUUGUAAUAUGUAUUCAAUGUAAAAUAAUUCUAUUUUACGAUGCACAAAAAACUGGUUCUAAAACACUUAAGCUUCAUCAUGAAAAUUGCAAAAUAAGACCUGUUAUAGCAACUAAAAUUACAACUCAUUCCACUAGUCAAAAAUAUGAUAAAGUUUCAUCUGAACAGAAAAAAAAGGUAUUAGAUUCAUGUGUAAAGUUUUGUGCAUGUGACAUGAGAUCAUUUAAUACUGUCAACGGCCGUGGUGUUGAAGCUUUAGUUCAAACCCUACUCGAUAUUGGUCAUUCAAGUACUCAUCAGAUUAAAGCAUCAGAUAUUUUAUCAGAUUCAACAACAAUAUCUCGUCGUGUACAAUCUGUCGCUCAUGAAGAAAAAAAGAAGUUGAUUAUUACAUUAAAAAAUGAUAUCAAUGAUGUUAAACUAUUUGCCAUUACAUGUGAUUAUUGGAAAAACUCGUAUACAUCGGAUACUUAUUUGACUAUUAAUAUACAUUAUGGAAAAGAUGGGAAAAUUAAAAAGUGUAUGUUGAAAACGAUGAUUCUUACUGCAUCAAAAACUGGUGAAAAUACUUGGAAAGCAAUAUAUAAUACAUUAGAAUCAUUUUUAUUACAGACAAUGCAUCCAAUUUAA